AUGUCAUCAUCAUCCUUUAGACCAUCGCCAUCGUCGGCCAACAAAGUGACAUACUUCAAACACUUCCCGCACUUUUUCUUAUGGCCAUAUGAUGCACAAAUUAAAUGUGAUCAGCAGGAGUUUAUGGACAAACUGACCUCAAAGAACUGUGAAUGGACCACUCGUCCAAAAAUAGCUCUAAGCGAAGCAGCUCAGGCUAUACAAGAAAACUGGCAAAUUGUUAGUGCUGGAAAUUAUCUCGAACCAUUGGUGCAGCAACAAAUAGAAAAUUCCGUAGCACCCAUGCAACAAGUGUUAACGAACCUCAACAGCAAAGACAAGUCAUCAGUGGCAAGUGACCAAGAUGUAUAUGAAGUUAUGCAAUGGUGCUUUGCUCAACCAGAAUUCGAUGCAUCUCUUGCAAACUGGAUGCACCAAUCGGCAGCCUUUUUUGUGUUCGUGACGCAAUUAAGGGCAAUGCGCUGUUUAAUUACAAAUCCAGAGCAGUAUGCAUCUAAGUUAGUCAACGAUGAUCCAUCCGCAAUCAAAUUUUAA